AUGUCCAGUAAAGCAUCGAGUAAGGAGAAGAAAUCCGGCUUCAGCAAGAAGCUCUUUAGACGAGGAUCGGUGCGGUCGGUCGGGAGUUUUAUGAGUAGAGUCUUAAAGACUCUGACAACAUUAUCCCAUUUUGGUUCUGAAGUACAUGCAACAGAAGGUGAAAAGGACGACGGAGGUUUCGCGUCUUUCAAGAACGAAGCAAAAGGUUAUGUUGCAUCUGAUGACAGUGACUGCGGCGGCUUUCUCUCUGGUGACAAAAUCCCCGGGGUGGCCGGUCUGAAAAACCAUGGCAACACUUGCUUUAUGAAUGCAAUUCUGCAGUGUUUGAGCAACACUGAACUCUUUGCAGAGUACCUAGCAUUGGAACAGUAUCGUGACGAUGAAACAGAAGAAGACAAACCCAAGACAAACGGGGUACUCUCGCAGAGGAAGGGCACUCAGAACAGGGGAGAGGUGACAGAGCAGCUGGCUGGUUUGGUGCGAGCGUUAUGGACCUUUGAGUACACGCCUCAACACAGUCGGGAAUUUAAAAAUACAGUAUCGAAGAAUGCCAUGCAGUACAGGGGCAAUGCCCAACAUGACGCCCAAGAGUUCCUCCUCUGGCUAUUAGACCGCGUGCAUGAAGACCUCAAUAACCUUGUGCACCCUAACAACAGGCCAUCCAUAAAGCCACCAAUAGAGGAAGAUGAUGGAGCAUUGGAAGGACCGUCACUUCCACUCUCAGCUGGUUCUUUUGUCCAAGAGCUCUUUCAGGCACAGUACAGGUCAUCACUCACCUGUCCACACUGUCAGAAACAGAGCAACACUUUUGAUCCUUUUCUCUGCAUCUCCCUUCCCAUCCCUUUACCUCACACACGGCCCCUGUACGUGACGGUGGUUUACCAGGGCAAGUAUUCUCACUGCAUGAGGAUCGGCGUUGCCGUGCCGCUCAACAGCACUGUGUCGAGGUUGAGAGAGGCUGUGUCACGGGAGACCAAGAUACCCCCAGACCAGUUUGUCCUGACUGAGAUGUACUAUGACGGCUUCCACCGCUCUUUCUGUGACGAUGACGACGAUCUUGACAUCAUUCAAGAAAGCGACUCGAUCUUUGCUUUCGAAACGCCCGAGACAUUUCGAUUAGAGAACAUUCGAUCUAAAAGAGGGAGCCUCCUCGCAAAUUUGAAUCAGAACAAUUUGAAAUACGGAUCUGAGUGCAGCAGGACUCCAUCUUUUAUGCAGGGAGCAAUGAACCCAGCGUCGCCCAAUAAAAACACGGGAAAUGAGAAAAUGAUCCUGCUGAUCUGCAACAGAGCCUGCACUGGACAUCAGGGACGGAGGUUUGGGCUUCCUUUCGUAUUGUACAUGGAGCGCACUGUAACAUGGGAUGUUCUCCAGAAGGAAAUCCUGGAGAAAAUGCGUCACCUGCUGAGGCCCGGAGUUUACGUUCAGGUGGGUCCCUUCAGUCUACGAGUAGUUGGUGUUGUUGGAAUCACGUACCUGUUGCCUCAAGAAGAACAGCCACUGUGCCACCCCACUGUGGAAAGAGCUUAUAAAUCCUGUGGGCAAGGGGGUCCUCCUCAUGUCAAGAUUGUGGUGGAAUGGGACAAAGAGACUAAGGAUUAUCUGUUUGGACACAUUGAGGAGGAGUACAUUCCUGACGCUGAGAGUGUGUACCUGCACAGAGAACAACAUCACCAGCCCCAGGCCUGCACCCUCGCUCAGUGCUUUCAGCUCUACACCAAAGAGGAGCAGUUGGCUCCGGACGACGCCUGGCGCUGCCCCCACUGCAAGCAGCUGCAGCAGGGCCGCAUCAAGCUAAGCCUGUGGACCCUGCCUGAUGUUCUUAUCCUGCACCUCAAGAGGUUCAGACAGGAGGGAGACAGGAGGGUUAAGAUGCAGAACAUGGUGAGGUUUCCUCUCAUUGGAAUGGACAUGGCUCCCCACAUGGUGAAGAGGAGCCAGAGCAGCUGGAGCCUGCCCUCACACUGGUCGCCGUGGAGAAGACCUUACGGGCUGGGUCGUAACCCGGACGACUACCUUUAUGAUCUGUAUGCUGUUUGCAAUCAUCAUGGCAACAUGCAUGGGGGUCAUUAUACAGCUUACUGUAAGAACUCCAUCGAUGGACGGUGGUACUGCUUUGAUGACAGUGAGGUUCAGCCAAUAGCUGAAGAGGAUGUCUGCCACCAGACAGCGUACAUUCUGUUCUACCAAAGGAGGACAACAAUUCCCUCAUGGUCUGCCAACAGCUCCGUUGCAGGAUCUACCAGCUCCUCAUUGUGUGAGCACUGGGUCAACCGCCUCCCGGGCAGCAGACCGCCCAGCCUGGCCUCGGGGGCCUCCUCCCGUCGGACAUCUCUGGCCUCCCUGGCUGAAUCCAUGGAGUUCCCCGGAGAUCGCAGUGAAGACGAUGGAGGAUUCUCAACCCGGCCCUUUGUGAGGAGCAUUCAACGGCAGAGCUUAUCUUCCAGAUCCUCCAUUGCCAGCCCUCUAGCCUAUAGUGAGAAUGGGAUCAAGCCCUCCUGGUCCCUCUCUGCCAAACUACAGAUGAGAUCAAAUUCACCCUCACGAUUCUCUUUAGAUUCCCGUUCCUCCCCGCCUCUAGAGAGGAUUGGUGAAACGUGCGACGACAAGGUGUUCACCUCUUGCUUCGGCGGCCACAGCAGACAUGAGCGCCACCCGAGUAGUAAAGCCCCUCUGGCCAUGAUGGAAGGUAGCGGUAGCGACGAAGGAAACGGUAAAAGGAUUUUGGACGAAGCUUACUGCAGGGCUCCCGUGCAGUCCGACAAGAAGAGUUCGAAGACCGACCCGGUCGACAACAACAAUCAGAUUUCGGCUCUGGAUCAGAAUGUGAUCGGAACGCCCUCCAAAGAGCAGAAGCAUAAGAGCAGCUCGGGAGGAUCCCAAAAAGCUGAGGGUUCGACGACCAAGAAAAGCUCAAAGGGCGAUUCUGAAAAAACUUCAAAGAAACGCCAGAGUACGUCCUCUUCCCAGAAGUCGCCAUCUUCCCAAGUGUCUUCCAGCACUCAAGUGAAGGGUGCCAAAGUGACCAACUCAAAAGAAAAGAGCGAUCCUGCCAAGCCCGCCAAGAUGGGUUCCUCCGGGACGCCCACAAAAAAGAAAGAGUCUUCCCAAGUCCAGGAGUCGGCCUCAUCAACGCCGACUCAGCGUAAGCAGCGUCUGACUUCCACUCCGCAGUCCUCUGCCUCUCCCUCACCCACCGCCAAGAAGAGCUCCUCUGGGACAGAGAAAAGCACCGCCUCUGGCAAGAAGAAACUGGUGGAGAGGAGUUCCAGCAAGGAUUCGGCUCGGACCAGCCCUUUGGUAGACAGGCCAAAAACCAGUGCCACACCACGGACCUCCCUGCCAAAGACCACCGAAGGGGGCCGACCAGAGAGGAGGCCAGUUAGGAGCUCUAGCAGCAGCUCCUCUGUGACCAGCCUCCGCUCUCCCAGCGUCUCCUCCAAGGACCUUCGCCGCAGCAGCAAGUCUGAGGACAAGGGGCUCUCCUUCUUUAAAAGCGCACUUCGGCAAAAGGAGACCCGCAGGUCGGCCGACCUGGGCAAGACCACCAUCCUUGCCAAGAAGGCUGCUGAGAGGACAGCCAGGUCCAGCAGCCAGACUAAACUGAGUGGUGGAGAGGAGGGUGAGCGCUCGGGAAAUGCCUCUCGACAGGUCUCGCCAGAGCCGCAUUCUAGCAAGACUGUCUGUGAAGACAGGGAGCAACCCUCCAAAACCACUCCUAUUAAACGCUCUAUUUUACCUGUAGGCAAGUCCAAGUCUUCCACUUCUGAGAUGAGUCCUCAGUCUCCCCCUAAUGGGAAGAAGCCUCUUGAAAAGAUGAUAUCUUCUAGAAAGCUCUCUUCCAGCAUGCAACCCUGUGCACGCCCAACUCAGACGCCUCAGUGA